CUCAAUACGACGACGUUGCGUAUCAUUAGCAUUUCCUAACCAAGUCCACCAUUCCACCUACCCAUAAUCAAUAUCCCCCAUCUCCAUUCCCGCCGGCCACUCUCCAUAGUUUCCGAUCUAAAAUCUCUCACUACUAAAACCCUAACAAAAUCCCUAAAUUGAGUUGAUACAAUACAAUGGGAAAAGGAGGUGGUUGUGUUCCCAGCAAGAAGAAGAUUUCCAAAUCUACCUCCCAAAACCCACCACCCAUCCCCUCCGGCGAGCCUGAUUCCGCCACAAACGACGUAGUUCCUUCAACCGAACGCUCCAUAGACACAUUAACACCGGCAAACACCCAGAACCUGAAAUUAUUCAUCAUAUUUUACUCCAUGUAUGGACACGUUGAGAGCUUAGCAAGGAGAAUGAAGAAAGGAGUUGAAGCCGUGGAUGGUGUGGAUGCUGUUCUUUAUCGGAUACCCGAAACCCUAUCCGAAGAGAUUCUUGUUCAAAUGCGGGCCCCGGUGAAGGAUGAUUCAAUUCCGGAAAUACCCUCACCGGAAGAGCUUGUUAAUGCUGAUGGGUUCUUGUUCGGGUUCCCGACGAGGUAUGGGUGCAUGGCGGCUCAAAUGAAGGCGUUUUUUGAUUCUACUGGGCAGCUAUGGAGUGAGCAGAAACUCGCGGGAAAGCCCGCUGGGUUUUUCGUCAGUACUGGGACUCAAGGAGGUGGACAAGAGACCACUGCUUGGACUGCUAUCACCCAACUAGCCCACCAUGGUAUGCUAUUUGUUCCCAUUGGAUACACAUUUGGAGCUGGUAUGUUCAAAAUGGAGUCCAUCCGAGGGGGUACUCCCUAUGGUGCUGGUGUCUUUGCUGGUGAUGGAACAAGAGAGGCUAGUGACACGGAGCUGGCACUUGCUGAACACCAAGGCAAAUAUAUGGCUGCAGUAGUCAAGAAGCUGGUUCAGGAUUGAUGAUGUUGUCUGAAAACUUAUCUUUAUAUUCAAACACAAAUAUUCGUUAUUUUUUCUUUUGUAGAUUGAUUUCACCUCCAUUUCAUUGGUCUUUGCGCUUCACAUCUUCUCUCUGGAAAUGAAGAUACUUAUUAUCUUCUUUACAUAUACUACAUUGUUGAUUAUCCUCUCCCUCAAUUCCCUGGUAUCAGUUUUUGCAUAUUCUACGUUUUCCAUGUCAACUAUUUUCUCGUGUAAAAGUUUGUACAUGGUUAUAAUGUUUCUUGCCUACACAUUGUUGUAGGAGUAUUAUUUAUUAUUAAUAUAUCGAUA